AUGUCUGGGCUUGAUCGGGUGCUGUGUCUGCUGGUGGUGGGCCUGGCGGUGCAGGGUGUGGUUGUGGAGGUGGAGGGGCAGGAGAGCAUUAAGAUGUGUGGGAGAGAUCUGAUCCGUCACGCCGUGUCCUACUGCGGCAACUCCAGGCUGAGGAGGGCCGUGUUCACGCUGGAGGAGCCACAGCGGACAGAAGACCCUGCCUCAUCCAGCCAGGAGCAGGAUGCCUCCUCUGGUCCCUCACCUGUCCUGUCACAGCCAGGGAGCGACAGGGGGCACGGGGAGGACAUGGAGGCUCUGGUGGCUCGCUGGCUCCCCCUGUCUGCUCGCAUGAGACGCACCGCCCUCAAGAUCUCGGACCUGUGCUGUGAGAAGGGCUGCAGCAAGAGGGAGCUCGUCCAGUUCUGCUGA